CUUUCAUACUGAUCCCACACUUUGCGCACAUUUAGGCAUUUAUAAGACAAAAGAAGCCAUCAUUCGACGAUUUUUCUGGACUAACAUGCAAGAAGACAUCACAAAAUUCAUCAAGGAAUGCAUAAAAUGCAACCAGCGUAAGAAGGAUCCACAUAACAUGACAGUGGAACCAGGUAAACAGUUUUCUAUUCCUAACAAACCUUUCGAGAGAGUACACAUGGACAUCAUGGGUCCAUUGCCACGAUCUUGCCGUAACAACGCAUAUGUUCUCACUAUGCAGGACGCAUUCAGUAAGUUCGCUAUAACUAUUCCAAUUCCAGCGAUAUCAACUGAAAUUGUCAUAGACAAGUUCCUAAGACAUUUAGUAUACAUCUUUGGACCACCAUCCCGUCUAAUCACGGAUCGCGGAUCCAACUUUAUGUCUCAUAAGUUCACAGAUCUGUGCAAAAAUAAAGGUAUCCAACAUGAACCCACGUUACCUCACCAGAAAAACUCCAAUGGACAAGCCGAAAGACUUCAUCGCACAUUGGAAGAGUGUCUCACUCAUUACGUGAACAAAGAUCUCACCGACUGGGAUCUCUUUCUCCCUAAAGUUACUUU